AUGGAAGGCCAACAGACACCGGGACCCGUACGGAAACAUCGAGCCGCCUCCAGCAAUCUGAACGCGGGGCCAGAAUUCGAGAAAGGAAGAUUCGGAUACAGUCCGUUCGAUUGUAUUCUGGCCCGCGCCGGAUUGCUUCAGAAUGAAAAUCCAUACCGUACCGUUGCGGUCUGCCGAAGACCUCCCUUCGUUUUAAUGUGGGUGUGUCGUCGUGGCGCAUUAAUCAUACCGCACCGCAGCGAGGAUGCUUGGCGGGGUAAUACAAGUCUACAAGGGGUCAAGCAUCAGCAGCGCAAAUCGUCAUCGAACCGCGCGGUUCGUCGCUGCCGCGCGUCAUUGAAGUCUUUCGUGUACAGGAGAAAAAACGAGCAAAGAUCGCGUGCCGGUGAGAGUGAGCGAGAGCGAGAGAGAGAGAAGGCGUCCAUCGGCGGAUGGUGAUGCUGGGUCCGCCAGAGAGUCAGAGGUCUCCGCGGUACCGAUUCGUUCUUCGACGGGUACAGACGCGCGCUGGCGACGGUAAAGCGUGGUGUAAAAGUAAAAGUUGUUUGCGUGCACAUGCAGAAGUUAGAUAAUACUACGAUGUUUCUCCGGCGGGCCAAUUCGGUAGUGUUACUGAUAUUUGGAUGUCUACUAAUUAUAGAUGGUCAUGAGGAAAAGAAUCGCACCAAGCGUGGACGCAACGUGCGGACGUCGAACGCACCGCAAACGAUUGCCGGCAACGAGCCCAGCCAAGAUCUCGACUCCAGCGGUAACCGGGAGCAGGAUGUGCCCGUCAUACCGCCCGGGUUUUUGAGCCCAUCCGUGCAGGAGUAUCUGGAGCUGGGUAAAUCCAUCCCGGGCCGACCAGGAACUGACUACCCGAUACUGGCCACCAUACCGUAUACCAACUUCUACUGCGACGAGCAAGAAUAUCCGGGCUUUUUCGCCGACAUGGACACGAGAUGUCAAGGAUGGCAUUAUUGCGACAUCGAUGGACGGCAGGCGACGUUCCUCUGUCCGAAUGGCACGCAGUUUUCGCAAGCGGUGUUCGUGUGCGACUGGUGGUUUAACGUGCGCUGUGAUCUUUCGCCCCGGCUGUACUCGAUCAAUGCCCGGCUGUACCAGCGGCCCAAGUUCAAUCCGACGCAACCGCACCGAGUCAUCACCCGCCAGCUGGUGGACGAGAUUUUUAACGUGUAA